AUGUUUGUUAAUUUUUAUGUAUCAAUGCUCUUCGUUUUGUUUUUUAAGUAAGUAAAUAGAAUUAUAUCAUAGAUAAGUUUAGAAUUAUUGUUAAUUUUCAACCAUGAGGCCGAUUUUAGGGACAAACAGUAAUAAAUUUUCAAUUGAUUAAACUUUACCUAAAGAAUUAAUAUUAGGAGAAAUGAAUGUAGGAUUUGGAGUUUGGAUGAAAUAUAUGCCAUUAGCAGAAAUAAGAGAGCUAUGUAUAAUGAUUUAUUAUCACUUUUAGCAAAUAGAGCAUCUGAAGAUUUCAGUAUAUUAAAUGAAUAAAUUGUUAUAAAUGGAGGUUAAUUUAUAUACUCAAUAGAUCAAAGCAAUGAAAAGUUUAAAAUAAUUGUAGUUUCUGUUGAUAUUGAUUAAAAUUAAUAAAAAAUAAGUCACAAGGUAUUUUACUCGUUUAAGACUUAAAUAAAUACAUUAUUAUUUGAAUUUGACAAUUAUUUAUAUGAAAACUAAUGGAUAAUGUUUUAUUGUUAUUUUGAGAUAACAUUAGGAUAAACAAUAUUUGGAUUUUAUAAUUCUUAAUAAGUUUUGCCACUUUAGAUAGUAAAUGAUCUACCUCAAUUUUUAGAUAAAAUAAAACAUAAUGUUGGAAAUGUUUAUUAGUACAAAGAUUAGGAAGGAAAAUUGAUAAUAUUGAGUUAAUUUAAAGGACGUCUUUCCAGUAUUUUUUCGGCCAAGCAGGAUAAUGUGUUUUUAGAUUUAUAAUCAUGUUCUUAAGACUUUUUAUCCUAUGUAACAUGCUAUAAUUGGAGUUACGAAAUAAGUACAAAUAAUUAAGAAAUGAAUGGAGAUAAUUAUAUAAAAGUUAAUACUUAAGAAUUUGAAUCAUUUAGAUAUGUAAUUAAAGGUUGGAUAGUGCUAAGUCAAUCAAUGGAGAAUUAUUUAGAGACUGUUAUUUUUAGAAUAACUAUUAAUAAAGAUUAUAGUGAUGAUUUACAAAUUGGUGAUAGAGAUAUCUUUUUAAAAUAUUAUUAAAGUAUUAUACCUUCAGAGAAUGGUUUUCAAAUAUCAACUUAUUCAUAUUAAUUUCCUAUUAAAAAGAGAUACAAGACAAAUGAAGAUGACACAAUUUAAUAAUUUGGAGAUGAAUAUUCAGAGUUACUUAUAAAAUGGCAUUAUUUUUAAUAUGAAAUAGGAACAUAAAACAAUAAUGGAUAACCAUAAUUUUAAAUAUAUUUCCCUUCAAUUAAUUAGGUUCGUAUAUAGACAUGGAGUAAACCAAUUCGUCAUUUUUCUGGAUCUAAAUUUUAUAUUUUUUUAGGAGGAGAUGAUUAUACAUAAAAUUAUUUAAAAGGAUUUGUAAGUGAUAUUAACUUAUAACUUUUAUGUAAACCUUACAUUGAUGUUUAUAAACCUACAUGUCAUUAUUCUUGUUUAAGUUGUGAUGGACCAACAAAAACUAACUGUUUAACAUGUCCUGAGUAUAGUUUUAGAUAACUUUCAAAAAAAGAAAAAACUUGUGCUUGUUAAUAAAGAUAUGUUGAUAAAGAUGGUGUUUAAGAAUGUUAAUCUGUUAUAAAAGCUUUCCCUCUUAUAUAAAUUUAAGAGAUAGAACUAGAUUGCUAGUUGAUAGGUUAUAGUAAUUGUAAUUAAGAUCUUAUUGAAUGUAGUUUCGGUUAUUUUUAAUACAAAAACAUAUGUGUUUAGUGGUAUUAAAUUAUUUUUUAUUAAGCCCUUAUUAUUUUGAUCUAUACUCAAGUACUAAAAUAAAUUGUUUAGAUUGUUUUGUAUCACCUAAACAAUUUGGAUAGACAUUGACUUGUAAAAUGAGUGCAUAAACUUAUUAAUCAAAUCCAGAAUAUUUAUUUUAAGUUUAAUAAAGAAAUGAAAAUGAUUAUCUUUUCUUUAAUAUGCUUGAAUUGGUUGAUGAAAUCCAACAACUUUAAUUAUGUCAAGGUUGUAUUAGUUAAGGAGUAUGUAAAGAAGGUUUUUAUUUUAAAAACAAUUAAUGCAUACCUUGCAUAGAUGGUUGUAGAUAUUGUUCAAAUUAGUAUUAAUGCGAAUCUUGCAAUUUAAAUUAUUAUCUAAAUAAGGAAAGAUUAUGUAUUUUAUGCGAAGAUUGCUAAUAAUGUUAUUCAUAUAAUGAUGGCUCAUAUUAAUGUAAUAGUUGUGAAGGCAAUUCUAUUAUUUUACAUAAUAAGUGUGUCUCAUGUGGGGAUAAUUGUUAGAAAUGUGAUGGAUUGCAAUUCUGUUAUUAUUGCAAAGGUUCACCUUCAUAAUAUUAUCUAUCUAUUGAUGGUAAAAAUUGUAUUUAAUGUAAUAUUCAAAAUUGUAUUUACUGUUAUGAUUAUAUACUUAAUGGAGGUAUAAUUUAAACCACCUUAGAUAUUAAUUUUAAAGUUAUAAAUUAAAAUAUUCGUUAAGUAAAUGUGGGCUGUGCUUUAUGCAAAGAGAAUUAUCAUUACAAUUAAAAUACAUAAAAAUGUGAGUUAAAAGAAAUAGCUGAUGAUUGUCAAUUUGCUAUUAUAUAAGUACAAGAUUUUAAAAAAAUAUGUAUUAUUAGUAAAAAUGAUGACAAUGCUGUUUAAGUGUCUAAUUGUACAAGAAUAAAAAAUUGUAUCUCAUGUAUUCACAAUUACACAGAAAAUGAUUCAUUUUGCAUAAUCUGUGAAGAUGGAUUUUAUGCAGGAGUUUUAACAGGUUAAUGUACAUAAUGUGGAUAAAUCUGUAAGACAUGCAUUCAAUAAAAUUAAUAAUAUGGAGAUUAUUGGAAAUGGAAUAUUAAAGCCUAUUAUAAACAUUUUAUAAAUCAUAAUAAUGAUCAUUCAUUUGAAAAUUAUGCAUCAACAAAUUCUGAAUCUGAUUUGAAUUUAAUUUGUACUUCAUGUCAUUAUGGUUAUAUUCUAUAUCAUUAAAAGUGCAUUAAAGAUUGUGAUUCAAAUUGCAAUAAAUGUGAAAUUAUUGAUGGAUAAGCUACUUGCAUAUAAUGUUUGGAAACUAUCUCUGGCUUUAUUAAAUCUUCAAAUCAAGAUGGAUUAUGUAUCUAAUGUCCUUCUAAUUGUAAAGCAUGUUUAGAUAGAAGUGAUUAAGAAAUACAAUAAGUCAAUCCAUACUUUAUUUUAACUGACUAAAACAAAUUUUAGACUCGAAUAUGCUUUGAAAAGUCAAUCUAUACUAAUUCAUAAGAAAAAUAUCACUAUGAUUCUUUAACUUAAACUAUUGUAGUUUGUAACAAAUUUGAUAAAUGUUAUAAUAAAAUUAUGAUUCUUUAAAACCUUUAUUGUGAUGGUAAUGACUUUUAUGAUUUAUAUCUAUAAUCAAAUGAUGAAAAUUUUAUGGUCAAAAAUAUUCCUCUUUUCCGCUUUUUUUAAUACGAUUAUUUAGAUAUACUAGAAACUCCAUAACUUUUUGAUUAUUUAAACGAUAUUUCAGUUAGGCAUGUUUAAUUUGAAUUCACCAUUAUUCAAGGUUUUAAUUAAGGUUGUGAAUUUAGCAAUAACCUAGAGAUUUUUUCUACAUUAGCUUAAAAAAUAUUUUCUUUACAAUAAAUGGAUAUUAAAUUUAAGGGAAAAAGAAUAGAUUCAGAUAAUCCAAUCUAAUUAUCUAUUGCUUCAUAAAUAACAAUUAGUAAUUAUACAAUAAUUACAUUUGAAAACAUUAAUUUUGAUUUUGGCAAAAAUCUAAAUUCCUAAGCCAAUUACUCAAUUAUUUCUAUGAAUAAUUUGAAAAACAAAUUGACUUUUAGAAUAAUAGACUGCAUAUUUGAAACUAAAAGUACAUUAAAAGCUGGAUAAUUCUUUAAAAUAGUAUCAAAUAUUCCUUAUUCUCUUUAAAUAUCUAAUUUAUUAAUUAACAACCUUUAUGUGUACUAGUCCGAUAUUUUUACUUUUAAUUCCAUAUCCAAUAUCACUUAAAAUUAUUUACAUAUAACUAAUAUCACAAUAAAAAAUUCUGAAUUUACAAAUUCGACAUUAUUUAAAUUUUAAGCUAUCUCUAAUCCCCUAAAUUAUAAAAGUUAAUUGUAAAAAAUUAAUAUUUCUGAUACUAAAUUUAUUUCUUCUGAUUUCUUUUUAUGUAAGGGUUUACUAGAUUUUACAAUAGGAACUUUACAACUUGGUUAAAUAUAUAUGAACAAUGUUGAGAUUUUGAAAAAUUCUAACAUAUUUUUAUUAAAUAAUGUUGAAUCAACUAUUGUAUCUUAAUUAGUUUUGAAAGAUUCUCAACUUAGAGAUAAUUCAUCAUUUUUUUCAAGUAAUGUAAUCAACUUAAAAGAUUGUAUUAUAAAUUAAACACUUAUUGAAUCAAGUAUGUUAAUUCAGAAUAAUAUUGAGUAUACGAAAUCAUAAGCAGCUUUGAAUUAAUCCUAAAAUAUCCUAAUAAAAAGUCUUAAAAUAAUAAAUUCUAGCUAUAAUAAUAAAUAAUAAAUCUUAAAAAUUAUUAAAUAUGAUGAAAUUAAUUAAUUAAUGUUUAAUUUAACUAAUUUUGAAAUGUCAAAUUGUGUUUCUACUAAUAAAAUGUAAAAUACUCAGAUUUCUUUUGAUUAGGUUAUGAUAUACAUUGAAUGUUAAAUUUGUAAUUUAGAAGAAAUUUAUAUUUAGAGAGGUUAUGGAUUGCCUGAAAUGACAAUUCUUUAUGCUGAGACUCUUGAAAUCAGAAACUCUUUAAUGACUUAAGAUUAAAGGUAUUUUUAAAAAGUCUUACAUUCAACAAUAGAUUGUGUAUAACAAUUAGCUAUCGUUGAAUUGUAUUUCUUUCUUUAUGUAGGCUAAUACUAAAAUAUUUUAAUAGAUAAUUUAAAUGUUACAAGUUGUUUAAGUUUUAAUACUCCAUUGAUUAUUUUUUAAGGAUAUGAUUUAAUGUAGAGAUUUGUUGAAGAAACAAUUUAUAUUCAAAACUCCUUUUUUAUUUCAAAUUUAUUGAUUGUUGCAACUUUAAAUAAAAAUACAGCACUAAUUUCUUUAGAUUCAAAGCAAAAAGGACUCAUAACUUUUUAAAAUACAGUUUUUUAUGACAACCAUUUAAAUGAAUAUUUUUAAGCUUUAUCUUAAUCUUCUUCAGCUACAUUAUUUUUGUCACUUAAAUAUGGUACAGUUAGAAUAUAAAGUUGCUAAUUUUUAUAAAACUUGGUCACUAAUUCAACUAAUUCAAUCUUAUAUAUAGAUUCAUAAAAGAUAAUUUUGAAAAAUUCUUAAUUUUAAAAUAACAACAUUAUGAAUUAUUCAUCUUUGAAUAGAUAUAUAUUAUUAAAAAAUACUCAAGAUCUAACAGAUAUUAAUGUUUAAUUCAUUUUCCCGAUAAAAUCAACUAGUGGGAAUGGUAUGCUAAUAUCUAAAUUAAUUAUGAUUGAUAAUAUAAAGAUAAAUUCCUCAAUUUCUAUAUUUGGAGGAGGUUUUUAUAUAAUUGCCUAGGGAAUAAGCUUUAUUAAUAUAAUAAAUUCAGCUUUUCUCAAUACAAGAACAACUUUGUCUUCCUUAUAUUUUUCAAAAGGAGGAUGCUUUUACAUAGAUGCUAGUUCAUCUGUAUUGACUUUAAACAUUAAAAAUACCACAUUUGAUUCUAUUUAUAGUAGAUCUGAUGGUGGUGCAAUAUAUAUUAUUCCAUCUGAAUCUUCUAAUUUAAUAGUCUUUGAAUAAUUAUUAGUGAGAGAUUGUUUUUCUAUGUAAAAUUAAUUUUUCUCUUAUACUCUUUCCAAAAAGGAUUCGAUUAAAUCUCAAAUAAACUUUUAAAAUAUUGAUUUUUAUUCAACAAAAGAGGGAAUAGAAAAUUUUUACUCAAAUUUAGAUAGCAUAUCAGAUGAUGAGGUUUCCAUUAUUAUUCACUCAAACCCUUUAAUUUUUGUUUAAUUUGGUAACUUUAGCUUUUAUAAUUGUACUUUCUAAUCUAUUUAUAUACAAUUCUUAAUGAAAAUUGUAGAAGCAUAGAAUAUAUUAAUGUCUAAUAUUAAAAUCUUUAAUUGCUCAAUAGCUUUUUCACCAUUAAUUCAAUUAAAUUUAAAAUAAUGUAAUAAUUUAAUUAAUAUUUUUAGAAUCUUUUGGAAAAAUAUAAAUAUUCGAUAUUUAAAUCUCCUAAGUAUUUCAAAUUUAACUAAGUGAAAAAAGAGAAUGUUUGCCAAUUAAUUCAGAAUUUUUCACUCAACUAGAAUGUCCGAUGAAAAUAAAUAUAAUUAAUACUUAAAUUACAGAGACCAAAUCUGAUGCUAAAAAUAUAAUACAAUUAAUUUGUAACCAAUUGAAGAUAUUUAAAAAUUCACCUUCUAAUUUUAGUUUAAUUGAAAUUAAUAAAAUCAAUUAAAAGCAUAUCUUACGAGUAGAGUAGUUUUAAAUUUAAAAUGUUGUAUGCAAAAAAUGCUAAUUUGGUUUAGUUAGAAUUUUUGAUGUUGAAUAAUUAAAUGUUGAAAAUAUCAAAUUUUCAUAAAUUCUUAUAUAAAAUAGCAAAUGUGGAAGGGCUGGUUGUUUAUUUAUUACUAAGAGUAUUAAUGAUUUUAUUAUUUAAAAUUUACCUUCAAAUUAUCGAAUUUUACAAUAGCAUGAUUACUAAACUCUAAUUAACUAAAUGGAAUAUUAAGUGAUUAUAGAAAACAGCUUAUUCCUAAAUAAUUCCGCUUCUUUUGGUGGAUCACUUUUAAUAGUUAAGAUGAAUACUAUAAUUAUAAGUAGCAUUUUUUAAAAUAAUUUUGGCAAUAUUGGAGGUGCUAUUUAUUAUUAAUCUGAAGAUGAAUAACUAUAUAUUUUAGAUUCCAAGAUAAUAGAAAAUACAGCUGAUAUUGCAGGAGGUAUAUAUUUAAGUUCUUAAUAAUUGCAAUUGACUAAGUAGUUAGAUUUAUAGUUAAAGUAUAAUAAUGCUACAUUGUAUGGAUCUAAUGUUUUAGAAAAACCAAGAUCGUUAACAUUAUCUAUAGAUUCAGGAUUAACUUUACUAAAUAAAAUAGAAUUAAAUAAUUCAGAUAUAGAAAUUGUUGAACAAAUUCUAAUAAUUCCUUAUAAGAUUUUAGGCUCUUCCUCUAAGAUGAGUCAAUUAAUAUUACCAUCUGGAAUCAUGAUAGGAAACUACAGAUAUUUUGAUCCUGUCAAUUCAAAAUUCAUUCCUUAUAAUUUAACACUCAGAAUUAUUGCUUUGGAUAAAUUUUAGAAAUAGAUUAAAGGAUUAACAGGAUCUUAUUGUAAUUUAUAACCAAUAGCUUUUAAUUUAAGUUCCUAGAGAGAAGUAAAGAAUAUUGAAUAUAGUUUUUCUUAUAAUGAUGUCAUAUUUAAUGAAACAAGUGGAGAUUAUAAUUUAGAUAAUCUAAUAAUUUACUUUAAUCCAACCUAUAAUUCAGAUAUAGUUCUAAGAUUAUAAAUAGAAUGUAAUAGUAUUUCAGUGCCUUAAUACAAAUAGAACCCUCCUUUUCAAAUUUAGAAAUAUACGAAAAAUUAUAAACUCUAAGUGGAUAUUAGAACAUUUCCUUGUUAAUUAGGUGAAUUCUUAAAUCAUACAUCUGGAGGUUGUGUUCUGUGUAAUUCUUUUUAAAAUUAAUACUAAGUAUCAUAUGAAGCAUAGAAUUGUAGUUAUAAAGAUGAUACCAAAAUAAAAUCAUUGGAAUCAUCUAUGAUAGAACUGAGAUAGCAUUAUUGGCGAGCAUAUUAUUUUAGUUAGACAAUUGAAUACUGUUAUCAUUUAGUAGAGAAUUGUAAAGGUGGUUGGAGACCAGGAGAUGAAUCAUGUAUAUUAGGACACAUAGGAGCCUUAUGUGAAUAAUGUGAUUUAUAUAAUUCUAGAGGAAGUGGAUCUUAUUCUGUAAGUUCAACAUAUUCAUGUGGAAGUUGUGAUUAAAUAGUAUACAAUGUCAUAACAAUAAUUUUCGUAAGUCUUUGGACGUUGAUCUCUACAUUGAUGUCAGUUAGUAGCACGAUUGAAAUGAUAGAUGAAUUUGUAUUAGGAUUAAGAUUAAAGGCUUUUGGAGUAAGGGUUGCUAUAAAAGAAGCAUCCACUGCAAUUCUCAUCAAAUUGUUUACAAAUUAUCUAUAAAUCAUAUCAACUAUAUCUACAUUUUAAUUAUAAGUUCCAGUAGGACUGGCAUCAAUUGUCAAUAGUGCUGGUAAUCCUAUUGAAUCACUUGCUUAUUCAUUAGAUUGCUUCUUAGUUACCAUCACCGAUAUUUUAAUUAUCUAUUUUAGAAUUAUUUGGAGUUUGAUUAUGACUUCUUCUUACAUUACUAUUAUUUUUACUUUAGGUGCAAUUGCUGUAUUUACUAAAUAAAUUAAAUUUAAUUUUUCAUUUAUUUCUACUUCCCUAAUUUACUUAUUCAUAUAUUUGUAGCCAAAUUUAAUUGGUGGAAUCAUUUCAUUAUUGUCUUACAGAUAGAUAUCUGAUUAAUUUUGGAUCUAAGGUAAUGUAGCUUAUAGAUAUGAUACAAUUUAACAUGCUCAAUGGAUUAUAACAUUUUGCUUACCCUUAUUAUUCACUUUUGGUUGUAUUCUUCCUUUCUUUUUAUGGUUUGGAGUCCAUAAAAAUAAACAUCAUCUUGAUUUUUCUUAUGUUAGAAAGACUUGGGGAUAUUUGUAUAAUGAAUAUUAAUUGCAUGCUUAUUUCUGGGAAACACUUAAGAUACUAUAAAAAGAGAUUAUUAUUAUUGUUUUGGCUUAUUAUGAUGAUCAUGUUCCUAUCAAAGCAUCUCUAGUAUUUUUAGUCUUAUUUAGCUAUACUUUUAUCACUAUUAAAUAAAAACCAUAUAUGACAGGAUAAUUAAAUAAAAUUGAUACUUAAUCAACUGUUGUUUGUGCUGUCUCUAUUAUUUUGGCAAGCUCUAUUUACACAGCAUAAUAAUAAUAAUUCUACGAAAUAGUAUGGCCUUUUUAUAUAAUUAUUGCUUUUCUUAAUGCCUUUUACAUUCUCAAUAUGCUUUCAUAAAUUUUAUUUGCAUAUUUCAAAAAACUUCACGAAAAAAUUGAUACUUUUAAGGAAUUCAUAUUAAAAUACUUUCCUUCAUUUUUCAAAUCGCAUCCAUGCCUACAUAGAUUCUUUGAAACACACCAAAUUUAGCAAUCUAGAAUUAAAAAGAGAUUUGCAAAACUGAGAGAAUAUCUUGUACCAUAGGCACGAUAAGUUUUAGAAUUUAAAAAGUAUUAUUUAUUUUUUAUGUUUAGAAAAAAAGGAUUAGAAUUAUCAUCUAAAAACUUUAUUUUUAAAAAUAAUAAUCAAGAAAAGCAGUUUACUGACCCAUAAUUUUCAGCAGAAAUUUUUAGUGUCAAUAAUCUUAUGAAUUAAAAUAUUCUAUAGCAAAGUCAUAGUAAAAAAGAUGAAUAUUCAUUUCCAAAUAAUAAAAUUGAAUAACAUUCGUUUGCAAUUCAUUCUUAAAGAGAUAAUUUAAAAUAAAAUUAAAAGCUUGCAUUAGAAAAUGAAAUUGGAAAAAAAAGUAUAAAUUGA